AUGUCGAAAUCAAGUCUCGCCAUGUUUGCUGCUCUCGGAGCUGGAGGCGGUGCCGCCCUCACGGCCGCCGCUUUUGCUCUCCGCUCAUCCUCCGAGAACAAGAAGCUCGAGCUCCCAGUCGCAACAUCUCCAACCGCCAGGCCAACCACCUCCUCCGGCAACACCCCCCUCGCCGUCCCCACGCAGCAGGUGUUUCCCACCACGGUCGCUGCCGGCUCGCGGGCCCCCGUCAACCCAGCCGGCCUCUUCGAGUACGGCUUCCCCGGCCCCGUAUCAGACAUCGCCACCCGCGCAGCCCUGAUAUCAAGCUACGACCGCCGCACCCGCAACCCGCACUGGGUCGUUGAGCACAUCACGCCCGAGUCCCUGUCCAGCCGCGGCGGCGACCGCAAACACAGCGUCUUCCUCGAGGACUCCUCGGUGCCCGUGCAGUUCCGCGCCCUCCUCAAGGACUACUUCCGCAGCGGCUACGACCGCGGCCACCAGGUGCCCGCCGCCGACGCGAAGUGGUCCCAGGGCGCCACCGACGAGACCUUUUACCUGACAAACAUGUGCCCCCAGGUCGGCGAGGGCUUCAACCGCGACUACUGGGCGCACUUUGAGGACUUCUGCCGCCGUCUCACCGGCCGCUACCCCAGCGUCCGCAUCGUCACCGGCCCGCUGUACCUGCCUCGCAAGGACCCCGUCGACAACAAGUGGUACGUCAAGUACGAGAUGAUUGGCACCCCGCCCUCCGUCGCCGUCCCCACGCACUUCUACAAGGUCAUCUUCGCCGAGGACGGCAAAGCUGGCGGGAACGUCGCCAUCGGUGCCUUUGUCCUCCCCAACGCCGCCAUCCCCAACGAGAAGCCCCUCACCGACUUUGAGGUCCCCAUCGAGGCCGUCGAGCGCGCCUCCGGCCUCGAGUUUGCCAACAAGCUGCCUGUCACGCGGAGGACGAGGCUCUGCGCCGACACAACCUGUGCCUUGGUCAUUAGGGAAUACGCAGACAGGCAGAAGGCGUUUGGGAGAGGCUCCCCGCGUGCUAUUGCUCCCUCUCCUUCUCCUCCCUCGCCAUGA